UUUGCUAAAAGUGACGCGAGUAGCGCUGCUGUGCGAAACACGCCGCAUAACCUGUCAAGUUUCUCGUGUUGACAUUUGACAUAUUAAAAAAAAAUUAUUUCAUUUAUUAUUGAAGAACGCGUUAUUUUGAGAGUUACAAUUAUUUACAAAUUAAUUACAAACAUUCCAGGUAUGAGUUUUUCCGCGCACGACUCAUACGUAGCCUUGUGCAACAACGAACGCGUGAUAAUACACAAUGUUGACAGUGGCACUGAAAAUACGAUAAUCCUGCCCGAUUUGGAAACAGACAGGAAGAUAGACGUACACAACAAUGCUGAUAUCGAGACUUAUCAUAUGAUAACGUCCGUGACGUUCUCGGAGGAUGGAGGGUACUUUGCGGUGUGCACGAAUCGCAAGCAGCUGUGUUUGUACGAGACGAGGAAUUCGAGGCUCUUGUCAAAUCGAACACUCGCCAGAGCUGCCAGCAGAGUGAGAUUCUCCUCGAACAACGACAUUGUGGUUGCUGACAAGGCUGGAGACGCGUACCUGUUUUCCACCAGCUCGCCAGCGGAUACUGGAGCUUUGAUCUUGGGUCACCUGUCGAUGCUUCUUGAUGUACUCAUUACGGAGGACAGGAAAUGUAUCUUGACAACCGACAGAGACGAAAAGAUCAGAGUUUCUAUGUUUCCGAAUUGCUACAACAUUAUGUCUUACUGUUUAGGACACACAAAAUUUGUAACAAACAUCUCGGAACUACCUCACAAGAAAAGUAUCUUAAUAUCGUGUGGUGGCGAUGGGGUUUUUAAAUUGUGGGAUUAUAAACGUGGAACUGAACUGAUAUCUGUAGAUUUUUGCGAUAAAAUAUCAAAAUAUGACAUUGAGAAAUUUAAUCAAAAUCUUCGCGAUUGUAAUUAUGACGAAUCUGUAGAUAUAUUGCCUGUUAAACAUCUGAGAAUGUCUUAUCUUAGUAAAAUGGAAUCUUUAGUUGUAAUAAGCUUUUAUAGUAGUAAAGUAUUAUUAGUUUAUAACAUUACUAGUAGCAAUGAAACACAGUUUGAAGUAAAUUGUUUAGAAUCCAUAACUAUUAAAGCUGAACCUAUAGAAUGUCAUUUGUACAAACAAGAUUUAUGGGUGUUAGUAGAUGAGGGAUUAGAAGUAUACAAAUUCGAAAAUAAUAGAUUUGUAAAUCAUAAUGCUCUGAAUCAUACAAUUAAGCGUCUUAAUAAAUCUUGGGAAACUCUGAAAAAUACUAUUAUUAAACAAAAUUUGUUUCCAAUUUUAUAUAAAAGAAAAUAUGACAAUGUACAAGAAUAUCUAGAAAGGAAAAAAUUCGACUUGCCAGCAUUGUAGAAUAGAUUAUAAUAUCAUUAUAAUUAUAAAUACAAUGUAUAAAAUAUGCAAAAACAUUGCAAUGAUUGAAAUCAGAAAUAGAGAUAUAUUUGUUACAUUAAUAAUA